AAUGUGAAAUUUUAUAACAAAUUUUGAACUAAAUGUACCACUCUAUAUUUUUUAAUACUGCGUCAAAAUGGUUAGUAAAAGACGGCCAGUUCACGCAACGAAUUUAAAUUUUCGGCCUAAUAUAAAUAACUCAAAUAAUAUAGAACAAAAAGGGACGAAACCCACAAGUGAGCCUACAUCAGUAAAGGAAAUUUUAACUUUAAUGGUUUUAUACUUAUGCAAGAAAUCACUAUUUUUUGACACAAAUUUGAAGGUGGGAAUAUAUUUAGCGUGUUUGUUUCUUAUAUCAUUAAUAGCUGAUGUAUUAAUGAUACCAAAAACCUAUUUGGCAAGAUCCGAUAAUAUAUUUAAUAAGGUGUUUGUUAAAUUUGCCUGGGGAUGGAAUUUGACCCUCAUCGUGCCUUUUCUUAUUUUGACGUCAGUGGUAUAUUGUUGUGGAAAUAAACAAAAGAUUCUUAAACAGCACUUCCCAAGAAUCCUAAUAGCAACAUUUUUCUGGUGGUUAUGGACAACAGUUUUCAACAUAAUUGAAGCAUCCCUUGGCAGAUGUGCAACUCCAGGUUUCAAUAGCAAAAUGGUAUGUUUACAUGAAGGCCAUGUUUGGAAUGGAUUUGAUCUGUCCGGCCAUUCAUUUAUUUUAAUUUAUGGUAGCUUGUUACUUAUAGAAGAGACAAGGUGUAUUGUAAACUGGGACACAAUAAAAGACUACAUAAGACUAGAAGAACAUCAACGUUUAGCAAGAGAUGCAAAUGAAAAACCAAAUCCUUUACGCAACCUAUCUGACAUGGAGUUAAAAGAAAUGAAGACAAACUAUGAAAAGUUUACACCAUAUAUAAGACUGUUGUUUAUAAUAAUUGCUAUUAUUCAAAUUUUGUGGGAUAUUAUGUUGAUCAGCACCAUGUUGUAUUACCAUAUCAUGAUAGAAAAAUUCCUUGGGGGAGUAGUUGCUAUUGUUACUUGGUUUUUUACUUAUAGAGUGUGGUACAUCCAGCCAUCUCUCUUGCCAAAGCUUCCUGGUGAAGGGAAGUUCAAAUACAUGAAAAAACAAUCAGCUCAAACUCCACCCACAGUUAGAAUUAGAAGAAGGGAAAGUUUAACAGAUCAAGUACCAAGGUUUAUGGGCCGGCCCAUUUAUACCAAUAUAAGACCAGAAGAAAGUGCCACAGUUAGCUCUUCGAGAUAACAUCAUUUUUUACAUUUAAUUUAUUUUUUUAUUUUUAUUUUAUUUAUGGAAGGUGAUUGGUUUGUUGAUAACAAAAUGGAAAAAUGGAUAAUGGAUUGUUAUUUAAAUAUAUACUUGUUUUCAU